AUGAAUCGUGCUGUUAUACCACACGAGGCGUCUCAAGACCAUCUAAACAGAAACAAUGAAUAUUCGGAUACGUCCUACACCAGCUCAGACGCUUACGGCGCUCAAGUUCCCGAGAACUUAAGACAGCCCCCCCCGCAGAACGUGCAACAACAACCGCCGCCGCAGCAAUAUCUGCAGCAGUUUGGUGAGCCACAACGUGAAAAUACCGCGGUAGCGGGCUCCAGACUAGAAUAUCCUUCAGAAAGGAGCGCUGUGAACAGGAUGGAGGAACCAGACAUGGGAGGCUCGCGUUCAGGAUUCCCUAACCGCUUACGGAAUUCCAUAGCUAAAUUCUUUCAACUAGACGCUUCAGAUAUUCAACGCAUUACAAGUUACAUUUUCUUCUUCUUAUGCUUCCUGAAUCUUCUUUUCUUGAAUCUCUCGUGCUCACUUUCACAGAUCGACGCGUUGAACAAUAAGUGCAUGACUUUCUGGGGGUAUAAGAAUAACUGUGAUACAGUCAGUUACACAGUAGAUGUUGAUUUGCUCGAAUGCGACAAGGAACGAAGGAGGCUAAAAUUGGGUGCUGCUUUUUCCAUUCUGGCUAUUAUUUUUUCGGCCCCAUUAUUGUUCAUGAGCUGGAUUGUAUGUUGCUGGGUGCACUCUCAGAGACUCAAAAGUCUGCGUUCAAGUACUAAAGAAGGGCAUACACCAAGAAUUCCUUUGGUGAAUCUAGGAAAGAUGAGAUGGUAUAUGAUCGGCACUAUGAUUAUGGUUUCAGUAUUUGCGUUAAUUCCAUGGGUCAUCAUUGCAGACACCCACAAAGAUGGUUUGUGCGUUAAACUACUUGGGAACGAUCAAACUUACGGUCCAGGUUUUUGCUUGGGUAUUUGUGCAUGGAUCUUAGAAUUACUACUAGGUUGCUUGUUUGUUUUAAUAUAG